AUGGUGGAUGGAGACCUCAGGGAAGAGGUAGAGAACCAGAAGCGAGUGAGAGAAGAGAAAGAGCCUCUGAGGGAAGGAGAUUGCACAGCGAAGGCAGGCAGUGAACGUUUUCGACAGCUGGAAGUACUUGACCACGUAACCAGUGCCCUCUCAUCUUUGCUGACCGAUGUCAACACCCAACAGAUCAAAGCACAGGAUGCCGGCAGGGAUGAGACCAGUCUCUUGGAUGCUGCGAAGAGCAGACCUGCGGUCACACAAGUGAAGCGGAAAAGAAUCAGUCAGCUCCUGAAAAGGGCUUCUCAGCAGACAACGCUGCUGAAACAGGGCUUGCUGGCACCUGAGGAAGCCAACUUGCCCAGCAGGGAAGAGCAACCCCAUCCUUGUGCAGAUAUUGCUGAGAGGGGGACAGUCCAGGUGGACUUUUCUGCAUGUGUUACAUUGGGCUGUCUGACCCAGCAGCAAACCCCAAGAUGCCAAGGUGCCUCGGCAUAUCCCGCAUCCCAGUGCCCACCGACUCCGCUGGGGAAAGCCUGGGCUUCUUCGCACCUGGUUGCAAAACAGCCCCACCUUUCUCCUGCGUGUGAGGUGCCUGCCAAAGACAGGUCAAGAAAGGAGCCACCUUCCCUUGUGGCCCACAUGCUCAAAAAAGUGGCCAACCUAAACUGCAAGCUGCCAGAGUCAUUUGAAAUGGAAGAGAUUCAGAGUUUUGAGGAUGAAACUCCAUGUGGAAAUGCUCCUGAUACCACUUCAGUAGAGGUGAUGGUGACAAGAACAAGCAGCUGCCAGUCAGACAGCAGUGGGUUCAUGGAGGAGCUGCCAGAACCUGUAGUUUUGCAAAAUACAUCUUUGCCAGGAAAGAUUAAUUUUAUUUCUGAUAGCCACAAUCAAGAAACAGCUCUGUCACAUAAGACAGAGUUUCUGACGUUAAACCAAGAUUUUCAACAAAAGCCAGAUGAUGUUGCUAAGGUCUUCAUCACAGCCUGCAAGGGAGUUUUGACAAUACCUGGAUCAACACAAGCAGGCAGAGACCAGGAAGAAGAGAUUCAUCUGCUGCAGACUGCAGAAAAUGGACAGUAUGAGGCCUGUAGCCCUGAACCACAGACUUCUGUAGAAGAAAUUUUAUGUGACAUAGACAGGAAAGAGCAUAAAACUAGAAGAAAGCAACUGGGAAAAGAGGAGUGCAUAAAAGAGCAUAGUCCUUGUUUCCAGAGUGAUACUCAGGGUGAAGGAGAUCCUAGCUCCUCAAAAUUUGAUCAUUUGUAUUUGAGAACAGGACACAAAAAGGUGAAUGUAACCUUCACUGAACCAAUUGAUAUAAACCCUGCCGUUAUCAGUGAGAGCAAAAUCAGAAGCGAAGAAGAAGGUGAGAGCUGCCUGACUGAAAAGGACAUUGGAGCUGCAUGUCAUGAAAGUGCCCAUGAAGGUCAUGCAGCAUGUGUUAAAGGAAUGUGGUGGGACACAGAAGUGGUCAGCAAAGAUGGUACCCUGCUUGCAGUGAAUGAGGUGACAAACGGGCAGAAGUUCUGCAAAACAGAUGGCGAUUUAAAAAAUACAAGAUGGUCCCCCAAAAUGGAGCUCCCAGAAACUCCAUGGCAGGGCUCAGCAGCACAAAGUGGGAGCAGUGCCGCUUUAAGCUGUUCUACGCAAGAAUCUCAGAAGCAUCCCUCCUGCCUAGCAGAAGGGUCUGGAUUAAGUUCAUCUGAAGAUCAAGAGACUGGUAGCGUAGGGGAGAUGUUAGGUACUAACAAAUCAGAAUGGGGAGACACUGUCCAAAAUGAUGAAAUGGCUUCUACUCCUCUGAAAUCUGUUACUGUUCAGAUGCCUUCCAGGCUGGAGUCCACUUCAAGGGUGAAGUGCACAGGGCAAAAUGCUCCUUGCAGCGAGACCCUUGCUAGGGAAGAUCCUGUGGACUUCUGUGAGGGUGAUCCUCUCACACAGGCAGACUCAGGGGCUUUGAAAGACGGUGUGAAGCAGACUACUGAAGCCUUCAGCCAAACUGACAUCUGUGCUGGGAAAUCAAGGUGGCUACCACUGCUUCAUCCACCCCAUGCUCACCUGACAAAAUCAGCCUCUCUUGACACCGUGCUUUGUGGCAAAUACAGGUCACGCUACUGGGGUGAAGCCUGUGGCACCAGGGGAGCGCAAGGCAGUCACUGCUGUCACUGCUGCUGCUGCCACAGCUGCUGCCCGUGGACCUUCCCUGUGGCUGUCUCUCCCCAGUGCCCUGUGGGCUGCUGCUCAAACCAUGCCACCACCAACCUGCAGCUCUUGAAAAUGCUGAUGCUCCUACAGGACAUUGCAAUGCAUAAUCUUGCCCCGUGUACCCUCCAUGAAAAAGAAGUGAUGAAGAGCUCCUGCCAGCACUUCCAGGAGAAGCUGGAUGAGAUUGAACAGCAUCUGACUGAACAGCAGGCCCAGUUUUCCAGUGCUAUGCCAGAUGAAGGAAGGGAGGAAGGCAGAGACCUGCAACUCUUACGGCGAGCUGUUCGUCAGGAGGUUGCAGAGCUGGAACUUCGGCUGAAUGAUCAAGCUUGCCAGGUCAGGGAGGGCAUCCUUAUGUUGAAGAAAUCAUUCCGAAAUUCUUUAGGUAAUGAUUCAGCAGAAGGAAAAGACUGA